UACUCUUCAUGCCACCAACCACAACAUUUGUAAGACUAAAUAAGAGAUCUACGGUGCCACUUCGAAUACAUGUGAAUCGAAAGAAAUUAAUUCUGUCCUCGAUAUUUGAUUCCACAAUUGGACUGAGUCAAAGAGCUAAAGCAAUUGUCACUUUGAAGAAAAUCAACUUUAUUAGGCUUUCAAACAAAGAUAUAAAUGCUCUUACCCAAUCUACUGAGGAGGAAAUACUAAAUGUUCUUUUAAAUUCUCCAAUAAAUUCUCUAAUUCAGGAGUCUUCCUCAAAAGAUGUUGCAAAUAUUCCAUCAACUUCUGUUUGUAUCGAUUUGAAUAAAUCGAAAUGGAAGGCACAUUUAGUUGUAUCCAUAAAGUUUUUAAUACUAUUAAGAGUGAGUAUAGGGGUUAGACUAUCACUGGAGGAUAACAUUAUAGCAGAAAAGUACUUAGGUGUCAAAAAUUCUGGUGGAACUUUAAGAUUAGUUACUAAACAAUCUUAUGUUAAUCCAGUAGUUUUAGUUGAAGAUGAAGAAGAAUCACUCUUAAAAGAAAAUCAAAAAGAUAAUAAAAAGACGAAUAUGUCCAUAAAAUAUACUAGUGAAUAUUUAUUGGAUGAUAUUGGAGGACCAAUUGAUCUAUAUGUCUAUGAAAGACCACAAUCAUAAUGUCAAAAGUAUGAUAAGGUGAUAGAUGCUAGUCGCGGCCAUUUUAUGACUAUAUAACUCACUUAUAUCAUGUUGAAUGCUACGAAAUUGCUCCUCAAUUCGUUGUACAUGUCUUGCGCAUUUAAUUUUAAAACUUUCAUGAAAAGAAGGCGAAUUGCAAGGACAUCUGAUAAUAUG